AUGCCUGGUCAGUGCUUGCUCGGUGCUUGCUUGGUGCCCGCUCGGUGCCCGGUCAGUGCCCGCUCGGUGCCCGCUCAGUGCCAGGUCAGUGCCUGCUCGGUGCUUGCUUGGUGUCCGGUCAAUGCCUGGUCAGUGCUUGCUCGGUGCCCGGUCAGUGCCCGCUCGGUGCCCGGUCAGUGCCCGCUCGGUGCCCGCUCAGUGCCAGGUCAGUGCCCGCUCAGUGCCCGCUCGGUGCUCGCUCAGUGCCCGCUCAGUGCUCGCUCAGUGCCCGCUCGGUGCUCGCUCGGUGCUGUUUCGGGAUGGGGCCGUUUCCGGCUGCCCGGCUCUCCCCGGUCACUCCCGGAGCCAGCGGCUCCCGGUGAUUUCUCUGCCCCGGUGGUGCCCGGAGCAGGAGGAGCAGCAGGAGGAGCAGACUGGGGAGUCGGUGGAACGGGAGGAGGAGCGGAUUGGGAAGGGUUGGGGAGUCGGUGGAACGGGAGGAGACGGAGAUUGGGGAGUCAAUGGAACGGGAGGAGAUUGGGGAGUCGGUGGAACGGGAGGAGAUGGAAAUUGGGGAGUCGGUGGAACGGGAGGAGACGCGGACCCCGCGCUGCCCCGACCCCGCCUCCAGCGCCAGGGUUGAGGAGCAGCGCCCGGAGCAGCUCUGGCAGCGAAACCGAGAGGAGGCCGGAGAAGGCUCGGGCAGGGGGCACAGGAGCCCUGAGACCCCCCCAGAUCCAAAGCUCGUUGUUCGUGCGGGUUUUGUUUGGCUCUCGGCCAGGAAAGGCGGAGCCAGCACCGGGGUCCCUCCGGGCAGUCGGGGUCCCUCCGGGCAGUCGGGGUCCCGGGGAGCACAGGCGUGGCACACAGAGCUGGCACCGGCUCGGGCGAAGCAGGAGCUGCCUGCUUGGGAUUCACGGCCGCUCACCGGGAUUGUUCCCGGUGCUCCAGGGAGCCCGGCAGCCCCAAACUGCCUUUGAGCAGCUGAGCUCCAAGGUCCGAGCCAGCAGAAGGGACGGGGUUAUUUCUGAAGGGAUUUGGGCUCUGGAAGGACCAAGCUCAGGCCUUGGAAGGGGGGGGUGCCUGUAGCGACCCUCGCACAAUCCACGAGCUCCUCUGGUGGUGCUGGAGCUGGGCCACAACCUCCUGAACCCACCCUGUUCCCCCACUCCUCCUUUCAUCUUCCCCGUCCCACAGCCUCAGGGCUCUCAGUCCAGCACAGUAAUGCUUCAACGCGUCUGAAUCACUCCUCACCUCUCCC